AUGUCUCCCCUCACCAACCCCUAUGACGCGCCUUUAACAUCCUACAAUACUCGACCUUUCGAUACUUCCCAGAUCCUCAACGGCGACUCUCAGGAAUCGGAAAUAUGUAUGAGUAAACAAAAUAAGGCACGCUCGUCGUCUUUAUCAAAUUCUAGCCGCGUCAGCAGGGCUCUGAAGGGCAAGAGAGUACAUAUGUGCGAGUACCCUGGAUGUCCAAAGGUCUUUACCAGAGCCGAGCACCGCAGACGCCAUGAACUCAGCCACCAAUCGAGGAGGCAAUAUACUUGCGCACAUCCCGGGUGCGGAAAGGCAUUCCACCGUCCCGACUACUUAACACAGCACAUGUCUCGACACUCCUCAUCAUCCCCUACAGUCGGAAGAUAUUGCGCGAAAAGCGACACAUCAUCUCGCCCAUCGAGUAUCCAGGAGAUGCAGUCGCACACCAUUCAUUCAUCUCCCAUGCCUUUUCAGCUUGAGCCAAACGGCUACUCUCGAACAUGGGGAAGCAUGGAUUCUUCUAUGACAUACUCCCAGUAUUCACCAGCUCAAAGUCAGCGCCACUCUCCAGUAUCGGUCGAUGGACACAGUUCUCCUUACUCAUACACAAAUGAGAGAUCCAGCUCCCCGCUAUCAAACGAUACAUAUACCGAUCAUUCCAUUCAAUACCCUGCCUCGGGUCUUCCCGUCGAGUUGGUUACUAACAUCGACCAAUACCUCCGCAGCAUCCUCAGGCCCGAGGCUUUCGCAUUGUCUCAUCAGCAGAUGAAUCCUACAAUGUGGACUGCGGAGACAAUUGAGAUGGAUCCAAUUUUGACUAAGCCUGAGAGCCCUGAACUGUCCUUGUACUCAUGGCCUCCCGCGCACGGGUUAUCAUACGAUAAUAUAAGUAUGAGCCACCUUCAAUCUACUCAUCACUGA